AUGUUCAGCCUCUAUGUCAACGGAUUUGCUUUCUCCACGCUUGAUGGGAGAGAGGCAUCGGUCUCAUUGUCGCCGUUUUCACUGAUCCGGAAUUGCCGGUUUCAGUCUGGCGAAUGUUCCAGACUGAAGAGCUUCAAGGUGUCGUUGCAAGAGCCAGACCCCUGCUGCUACUUCGCCGUGCGAAGCACGGAAGAGCGAGAAGCAGAGGAGGAGCGCUCCGAGUGGGUGUUGGGCCUGUCUCACACCAUCCUUCUCAUCAUUGACUCACUGCUGCCGGUGGCGGAGCUGAGCUGUGAUCCCGUGCCGGGAUGUCCGCAGACCCAGCGCCGGCUCCUUGCGGGUUAUCUCAUCCACAGGGAUGAUGCAGAAGCCGUUUCCGUGGUGUACUGUGAGCUCCAAGCUCCCCUUGGGCCACGAGCGAGCCUGGUGAUGUACGAAAACGAGCUUUGCAAAGGCUCAAUGAUGGAAAUAGCCAUCUUCGAAACCUCGGUGUGCUGCGAUGUGGUCGGCAUCAACUGCAGCUGCUUCGUAGUGGAGGGUCACCAUUUCGCGUGUCAGAGCUCAUCGGAACGGAAGCUGUGGCUUCGAGCACUCAGCAAUCUCAAGGUUAAGCUGCAGAACAAAGCGCCGGAACCUUCUGCAGAGGAGCUCUUGCACUUCCGUUCCGCUAUUCGCGAGAAUAUUGUAACAUUGGAGGCCACUCAGGAGCCAAGGAUCGCAAGGACCCCACUUCUGAAAUCCCUGGAGAAGCCAUCACGGACCUUGCAUUCCAGGGACAAGCUCCAAGCAGGCUGCAACGGUGAUGAAGACAUACCGGAGGCCACCGGAGAUGACGAGCUUUCCCAAGCGAAGGCCGGCUAUGGCAACGGCCCCAACAGCAACGGUCGAAGCCAUCCUGUGAGUCUCUAG